CCGAGUCUCUUUGGACCUAAAACGACGGGCUUCGGGACCACCACCACCAGCGCCCCGUCCUUCGGCACCGGCACCGGGCUCUUUGGUGCCAAGCCCGCUCUGUCCCUCGGAACCGGAACCAACACCUCUAACUUUGGGUUUGGAGGGACCGCUGCUGGUGGAGGUCUGUUUGGAAACAAGGCCACCACCGGAGGCCUGGGGACUGGACUCGGAACCAGCUUUGGAACCGUCGGUACCGGUCCCAGUCUGUUUGGAAACAACCAGAACAAACUGGGCACCACGCUGGGAACCAUGGGAACCUUCGGAACCACGGGCUUCARCAGCGGAACCACCAGUUUGGGUUUUGGAGCUCCGCAGCAGCAGCCUGUCGCCCUCACAGAUCCAAACAGCACGGCGGUGCAGCAGGCGGUUCUGCAGCAGCAGCUGAAUGUUCUGGCCUACUCUCCGUACGGAGACUCUCCUCUGUUCAGGAACCCUCUGUCUGACCCCAAGAAGAAGGAGGAGCGUCUGAAACCCACCAAUCCCACGGCCCAGAAGGCGCUGACCACGCCCACUCACUACAAGCUGACCCCCCGGCCUGCGACCCGGGUUCGGCCCAAAGCGCUCACGUCCUCCGGAGGAUCCAAGUCUCAGCUGUUCGACGGUCUGGAUGACGACGAGCCGUCGCUCACGAAUGGAGCCUUCGUUCCCAGGAAGAGCAUCAAGAAGCUGGUUCUGAAGAACCUGAACAGCAGUCAGUACAGCAGCCCGCUGAACAAAGACAGCGAUGACCUCGCCUCGCCCUCAGACUACCCUCACAACGGACACAGCCAAACAGACGACGAGCUCCGGGAGGCUUCGGGUCCCAGCAGCCGGACCCACGACGACCCGGAAGUCACGCAGUUCUACGUCAACCCCAUCGCCAAGCCCAUCCCCCAUGGCCGAGCCCCGCCCGCUCUGCAGGACACCAUCAGUGACCUGAACAUGCACAAACAGCAGAGGAGCGGCCUGGAGCUGAGCAGCGACGACGUGUCCGUGUCUUUGGGGGAGGAGUCUCUGCUGGAGGACAGGGAGGAGGAGGAGGAGGAGGAGCCACAGGAGUCUCAGCAGUCUCCUCAUCCUGCAGGAAUCGUUCUGAACAGGGUGGGCUACUACACCAUCCCCUCCCUGGAGGACCUGGCUGACAUGGUGGAUGAAAACGGAGAGUGUGUCGUGGAGAACUUCACUGUCGGCAGGAAAGGUUACGGCUCCAUCUUCUUCCCCGGCGAGGUGAACGUGACGGGCCUGAACCUGGACGAGAUCGUCCACUUCAGACGCAAAGAGGUCAUCGUCUACCCUGACGAUAAAAACAAGCCACCGGAGGGGGAGGGGCUUAACAGGCGAGCUGAGGURACCCUGGACGGCGUGUGGCCCAACGAUAAGACGAGCUGCACUCAGAUCAGGAGCCCCGAGCGUUUGGCAGACAUGAACUACGAGGGCCGSCUGGAGAAGGCCUCCAGGAAACAGGGGGCCCGCUUCCUGGAGUACCGCCCCGAGACCGGGUCCUGGGUYUUUGAGGUGGCUCAUUUCUCCAAAUACGGCCUGCAGGACUCUGAUGAGGAUGAAGACGUCCCGCCCAAAACUGACCCCAAGAAGCUGAAAACCUGCUCACUUCCUGCCUCCGGGCUGCUGCCGCCGCCGCCGCUGCAGGUGGCGCCGCAGGCUCAGGUAGAGCGGCCUGCCACCCUCCUCACUCCUCCUCCUCCUCCUCAUCCUCACUGGAGUGUUUCAAACAACCAACGUUGAAUUAUUUUUAGUGUUUGAUUGACGAGCUGAUUAGUUUUCAGCUCAUUAAACCUGUUUUAAUCCUUUUA